UUCCCUCUCAUCAACAGCCUGCACCAGCCCCGUCGACUCGCCUUCCCUGCAGCGGCGGAGUCCUUGAUGUGGACGAGUUCCAGGGUAAACACGACAAAAUACCGCUGCUUUCAUGAAGACUUUCAGAUUCUCGGCAUGCCAAGCAGGCUGGCUACAGCUAAGCCAUUCAAGCUGUGUUGAGCGGGAGGAAGAGAGAGAAAGACAGAUCAAGAGAUUUAGUUGAAGAAGGAGAAAAGUGGUAGACUGCUGCUGACUCCAUGUCUUCGCCUUCAAAUAAAAGAUCUGGUUCUGGAUCAAGCAAACGGAGUCCAGCUCCUGUCAGUAACCGUGAUCCCUAUGGAAAUGCCUCUCUCAGCAGCAGUAGCAAUUCAGGGUCAUGCAAGGGCAGUGAUGGAAGCCCAACCCAUAGGCGUAACUUAAAACACACAUCCUGCAAUGAUAACCAUGGUAUCUGGCCUCCUCCACCUGAGCAAUACCUUACACCUCUGCAACAGAAAGAAGUGUGUAUCAGACACCUGAGAGCACGGCUCAAAGAGACAAUCGACAGACUGCAGGACAGAGAUACUGUGAUCAAUGAGUUGCGUUCUCAGUUGUCUCGUAUGCAAGAAGACUGGAUUGAGGAGGAGUGCCACCGUGUGGAGGCCCAGCUAGCUUUGAAAGAAGCUCGCAGGGAGAUCCAGCAGCUUAAACAGGUUGUCGAUGUUGUCCGAUCCAGUCUGGGAGACACGGACACAGGGGUGCAAAGGUGCUUCCAAGACAUCAACCUCCAGAACCACAAGCUGGAGACUUUAUUGCAGAACAUGGAGUUGGCUCAAACCGGGGCUGUCAAAGUAGGAGAAGCCACAGGAGGUGGGGAGUUGGUGGGGGCAGGGCUGGAGGUCAGCGAGGGUCUGGUGGAGUCAUCCGAAGGCUCCCCAGCUCCCUCACUAACCCGCAGCUCUACCUACACCAAGCUUAGUGACCAGGGUGGUCUGGAAUGCGGCGGUAACGAAAACAGUUGUGAAAUUCCAUGUUUGUCAGGUGAGGGCACGCAAGAUAGUGGGGUUGUUUGCUGUGGAGAAAACGGAAGAGGAGCCAGCAAGGCAGACCUACUUCUGGAAGCUGCGUUUCUGUCUCAAGAGACAGCCUUGCUGCUCAAUGCGUACUCUCGUUUGCCACACUCCUCCACCUAUGAGGGGCUAUGCAACAGUGAGCCCAGAGUAGUGCCACUCCGAUGUAGCGGGUUCGGGACUGGGGCCAGUGUAAGUCUAAGUAAUCCCUGUCUAUCGCACCAUCACCUAUACCUGCACCACCUUAGGGAGCAAGCAAUUCAAACCGACUAUGAUCACACCCCAGCCUCGGCCCCUGCUCAUGGACCCAGUACAUCCUUUAACUCUGAUCUGGACACUAUUGCUGAGCGCACCUUCUGCUCUCAGGCCAUCAGCCCAACCUCAACCUGGAUGUCUGAUGAAGGGGAUGACCUGGAAUCAGUUGCAACCGAAUCAGCUGUUACAGCAACAGUUGCCCUCACAGCAUCCAGUGUCAUGGACUCUGUUUCCACUAAGCCUGCUCGGGUUGAUGCAAUGGAGUCUUGGGGACCAUCCACAUCUACUGCAAAUGGAACUGCGUCCUUAGCACUGAACACCACCAAGACCUGUGUCAUUGAGUCUGCUGGUUCAGAGUCCUCUCCAGUUUUACCAGUUGCCACAACAGCUCUGACCACAGAGACAAUUGGAUCCCCAGUUAUCAACUUUGUUCCACCUCAGCCUUGCAGAGACCCUUUUCCAAGUCCUGGAAAUUUUCCCUCCUCAGCACAGUCAUCGGUUGGAAUUGAAGAAGAGACCCUCCCACAAACAAGUCAGCCACUGUCACUGUCAGAGGCAUGGAUUGUGGGGGAUAAUGUUAUUAAUAUAAGUGAAGAUGAAGAUGAUGAAGAUGAAGUCGAUGAGAGUGCUACGGACAAUGAGUCAAAGUCAUCUGGCUGCGGUUUACCAGCCAAGAACUACUGGAGCCGCCACUUCUUAGUGGAUUUGCUAGCCGUGGUUGUGCCAGUGGUCCCCACAGUUGCGUGGUUGUGUCGGGGCCCACAUCGUGACGGUCAACAAAUGUACCAUAUUGGUUCUCUACUGCGGGGUUGCUGCACUGUGGCUCUACAUUCGCUACGUCGAGGAGGGGGUCUUAGGCACUACCCCGCUGGAGGAGGGGGUCCGGGGGGAAUGAACAUAUGAGACCAGUUCUUCACCCUUGGGAAGCUUGGAAGCUACUGAAACUAUGGUCACAUUAUCUAAUGUGCAAUCAGUUGGAGGUUAAUAAAUUUAAAAGGAAUUUAUCAUUGGAGGGAUACAGUGUGAACACAACAAUCCAUUGCUGUAAUAAGUGCUCUAAAUCAGAGCUGUAGUCCUCUAUACACUUCUCUACACAAGAUGAGGAGAAUGAGUAGCAUACUAAAACUAAAAGUAUUGCACUCUUAUAGAUCAAAAACUUUCCCCUCUUUCCCUCACAAGUGCUGCCCUAAGUAAGAAAGCAAGUUUAUGUACUGUAUUCUGAAUGAUGGACUGACACAAAAUUACAUUGACUCAGCUUUGUUGGUGACACUAUACAAUCGCCCUUUAAUAUUAUUGUAUUACCCUAUUUCUGUGUAAAGGGACACAAUAAAUGAUGGGAAGGAUAUGUCCUUUAGCUUGUCCCUCUCGCUGUCACUGGAGUGGGUGGGUGUACUGUAUGUGUGUAUGUACAGCCAAAGUACCUUGAUUACUAAUGGCCAUCAUUGUUGAAGCUGUUAGUUAGAUGUAGUUAGAUGUCCCAUUACUUAAUCCUGUGUGACUGCACUAUGUGACACUGGGCAGUUGUCUUUCCCCUUAAAAGUGCUUGAAGUAAUUUUUAUUAAAUGACAUGCAGAAAGCAUCCUUAAUACUUGUCAAAUAGCAUUAAAUAUAAUUGAAAUAGGUGGAAUGAAAUAUCACACCUGUCUCUGUAAAAGCCCUAGACUUGAAAAAGAUGUGCACGGGCUGCGAUCAGAACAUUUGUUUAGCCAAACAGAAGACUUUCUGCCUGUCAGUCAUUGUGUAUGUUCACAAGGCAGCCCACAUAAAAUCGUAUAAGUGCCGGUGUGGUAUCCUGCUCCCAUAAAACGCAUAUAGUCAGAUGGCGAAUUGCUCUGGGGUUACCCCCCCUUCAACUGCUCUAAUACAAUGGUCUCCAAGUGUGUCUGUGUGUGUACAUGCCUUUGGAGUGCAGAGUUUUGAAAGAGGAGGUGUGGCUAAUCAAUGGGAAUGUCUCAAGAAGUUCCAGAAUGGCUAAAACCCCUUACUGCACCUUUAAGGAGACUAAUAGCCGAGCUAUUUAUACAGUAUGCUUUGCAUAUACCACUAGUGUCCUAGAUAAACUCUGUCACAAAAUGAUAUGUCCAUCUGGAGUCUUUUAGAAAAUUAUAUGUUAUUCUUGACUAAAGUCAGUCAUUUGGAAGGUUUGAUGCUGGUUUGGAAAUGCUCUGUACAGCUGGAUGAUAAAUCAUUUAUUUUAGAAAAGGCUAAAUAAAUCUUAAUAAUAUUAUGAGUGAGACAGAUUCAGCAUUUAGACAAUGAUCAGGGUUAAAGGACUUUAAUGAGGUCAUGACAGCUUUCUCACCAGAAAAUAAAUACUUAAUUUCCCUUGUUAAUGUGCUGUAAAUAUCUGAUGUCUGAUUUCACUGUGGUUUGUGUUCAUGAUUUUCCAACCAUCUAGAAAUACAGUCGUAGUUAAAAAGUUAGGAGAAAAAAGAGGCAAAAUGUAAGCAUUUAUAAUCAUUUUUAUGCUCACAAUCAGUUUCUGUCAUAUAAGGAAAACUUUGAAUUUAGCAUUUUAUCUUAAUUUAGCAUUAAAUAAAUGCUGUUUCUGUGCUAUGUUUUAUAUGCUAAUUUAGAAAUACUGUUAGACAGAAUUGCAUGAAAACAGGCAAUGCAAUGCAAAAAAAGUAAAUAAGUUGCAUGAUAUACAUAAUUGAUUAGAUUCUUUAACCAAAUCAAUUAAAUUAAAAUGUAAGUAUGCGAAGCAAAUGAAGAGUAAAAAAUCAUGCAACACAAACAUUGUAGUACCUUUUGAAAAUGCUGUUUCCUGCUUUUUCCAAACAUUUAGCCACGACUGUAUAUUCCCUGAUAUUUAUACAUGUUGACCAUUUAUGCUGACUGACACUUAGCAGUUUGAGUGCACUAUAGUUCACUUUAUAAGCAAUUAAU